CAGCAGCAGUGGCGGCGGUACCCGUCCCGCACCCUCCCAGCAAAGGCAAGGGUAAAGCCCGUGCUCAUGAAGCCUCCCAAGCACGCGGGGGGGCAGCUCCAGCAGAGCUAUCCUCUCCAAUAGGUGAGGGGUCAGUACCAGCAUCAACAGCACCGGCAAUAUCAGCGGCACCAGAGGCCGCAACAGGGGCAGCAACACCGGCACAACUCGCAGCAGCAGCAGCGGAAGUAGCCGCCGCCGCGGGGGCGGCAGCGGCGAGACCAACAGCAAGCGGAGGUCACGACCGCGGAGCGCGCCAACAAGGACGAGGAGGGGGGCUGAGCGGCCGUGGAGGAGGUAGAGGAGGGGGAUGAGCGGCCGUGGGGGAGGUGGAGGAGGGGGGCGAGGGGCAGCAGCGCCAGGUCGUGGAGCAGGAGGAGGUGGGGCUGGAGGAGCCGCCGGUGGAGGGGCCGGCGAUGAUGAUCCUUCAACAUCCAGUGCGCAGGAACGCUUCUUUGAAGAAGUGAAGGACAAGAUCGACCAGAGUAUCACCCACGAGGGAGGUGGUGUGAAAGGCCGGUUCCCGUUUGACAACCCGCUCGUGCGUCCGAAGUGUGCCACUUUUCAGCCAUCACCAGGUACAAGUGUGCGAAGUGCGGAGUUUAAUAAAGGCAAGCAGGAGGCGGAAAAGCGCAAGACGAGCUUCAACGCGUGGGAUGCUGGGUGCCUCCGGCGUCUCCCGGAGUACAUCUCCAAGGNCUGCGGGAAAUGUUAG